AUGUCGCUUCGAUCAGGACCCUUGUCUUACCGGCAUUUCAAUGUCUCUUUCCCGCAUGAUCGCGUGGUGCAAGUCACCUUAAACAGACCAGAGAAACUUAACUCAAUCAACAAAGAGACUAGCGCCGAGAUCGCAAAGAUCUGGGAGCUAUUCGAUCAAGAUGAAAGUCUAUGGGUGGGCAUCAUUACUGGCAAUGGCAGAGCCUUUUGUACUGGAGCCGAUCUUGGCGAAUGGAACACAAUGGUCAAGACCGGUGUAGUCAAUGACAUGUCACCACCCGGUCUCGCAGGUCUCCCACGUCGCAACGGCAAGAAGCCGAUUAUCGCCGCCGUGAACGGCAUCUGCAUGGGUGGCGGCUUCGAGAUGGUAGCGAACUGCGAUCUGGUCAUCGCGUCCGAAUCCGCCGUCUUCGCUCUCCCAGAGGUCAAACGGGGUAUCGUCCCCGUCGCAGGCUGUCUUCCUCGACUCACUCGAACCAUCGGUCUCCAGCGGACCAUGGAUCUCGUGUUGACGGGACGUACAGUGCCCGCCCGCACACUUUACGACUAUGGACUCGUUACCCAGAUUGUGGAUGCCGACCGGGAUAUUGCGCAGGCAGCAGUGCGUCUUGCUGAAGAGAUGUGUCAGAACAGUCCGGACGCGCUCAUUGUGGGCCGUCUCGGGGUUCGGUUAAGCUGGGAAGCUGGCAGUGCAGAGGACGCCGUUACCGAUCUGGCCGAACGAUGGUAUCCACAACUGUAUGCUGGUGCCAACUUUGCGGAGGGAAUAUUGGCGUUUAAUGAGAAAAGACCGCCUAAUUGGAUUCCGAGCAAGCUUUAG